AUGGACAGGAGUGAUACCAGGCUCACUGUUUAUCGUGCAUCACGUUGCCGCCUGUGUGCGUCCACACGCUGCCGUUUGGACGCGCCUGUCAUUUACUGGAGGAAACUCCUCCCCGCAGACAGCGCGUCCUGUCGCCUCUCCAGCGCAAUGGUCUCCUGGAUCAUCUCUAGACUCGUGGUGUAAGUCUUUUUUUGUUAUUUCUUAGCAUAUGUUCUUACACAGAUUUAUUAUUAACAGCAGCACCUGGCUGUUAUGGGUAUUUGAGCCGCCCAUUGACGGUGCAGGAGCGGCGCGCUUUGCGUAACCCCGCAAUUCGUCUGAUAUAGGAUCAAAAACAGACGUCAGUGUGGAGGAAAAGCAGAUGUAGGUCUGUCAGUUUGUGAAAUACAAUCUGAAUACCAAAAGACUGCACUUUGCCUUCAGAGACGAAACGCUGAGUAAGGCCUGCGUGGACCUGCUGUGUUUCUGAACGGCGCUCUGUAGCCAUGCACGCUUUGUGUUUAUCAAGUGGCUUUUUUAUUUCAGACAAAGAGGUGACGUGAUUGUCUGAAUAAUCCAUGAUCUGCCAUGAAAUGAUCUUGAGAGUCAGAGUCAGGAAUAAGAGGCGUCUCUUAUUGCCACAAACCUGAAUGUCACAGUGUGGUAAGGUGUUGGAACAACAGGAGCGGUUUGUGAGAAGAGCUGUGUGCUCUGUUGAUGUCCCAGAUUGGAAAAAAACAAAAGGGAUGGGUCAGCCUUCUCGGGUUACAGUGCAAGAGUUAGUCAUGUAAUAUGGCAUGCAUUUAUUUCUAUACAGCUGGUAAUUUAUAUUAGAUGAAACAAAGAGGGCACAUUAUUACUGUGAAUUACGUCUAUUUUUACCAGCCCAAAGUAUGAAUCAGCGCCAUUGCAGACCGUGUGGACUGUACCAUCAGCAGGCCCUACCUCUAAAUAGUUAGGCAAUUAAAAUAAGACACAAGACGUUGCAAAGACAGAGCUGCUGCAGCUGUAGUAAAUCAGAAAAAAAAAUGUUUAAAUGGGAUCAUUUUGGAGCCCAUCUUAAAGUGAGGGAUCCAGCUUCUUACACAUGAUAUUUAUAGUGUCCUUGUGUCUGUAAACUCUGUUAAAGCUCAGUUAGAGGUGCAACAUGAUGUGGGUCAGUAACUUGAUCAGGUCACACUCACAGCUGUUGCCUGGCUGUAGCACUUUCAACAGGGUCCUGUCCCUGCACCCAGCCAGCAGCACAGGUGCACGCACACAAACAGCAGAUUUUAAAGAAAACACAUGUAUGCUACAUUUAGCUCUUGGUUUCAGUUUAGCACAACGAACAGGUUGUUUGGUCAAAUAAGUCAGGGCAAAGUCUGACUCGGUUUAUGUAUUCUUUCUGUGAGGAAAAGGCUGUUGAUUUACCUUGAUCUCACCUGACAACCCGCCACCGCCUGUUGACUUAUAAGCUGUAGCUAGGAGGGUUUAUGGACAGAGUUUUAUUUCAUAAAGGUAUGCAUGGAAACAUAAUACAGACACAUUACAGAGCUUUUUAGAGAGAUAAGUAUAUUUGACAUGUUAUUUGUAUAUGGAGCUAAUGAACACAUCCUCUGUCUUCUAGACUUGUGUUUGGUACACUUUAUCCAGCAUACUCAUCUUAUAAAGCUGUGAAAUCAAAAGAUGUGAAAGAAUACGUGAGUAUUUCAUUCUUAUUUUUAGAUUAAUGAAGUGUAUCAGGGCAGUAUUGUCCUCAUUAAUGUGAUUGUAGUAGAUGUAAUGACUCAAUCUUUUAUUUUUUAGGUGAAAUGGAUGAUGUACUGGAUAAUAUUUGCCCUCUUCACUGCUGUGGAAGUAUUUACAGAUAUGUUUCUUUGUUGGUAAGUGAUCUGUUAUCUAUUGUCAAUAAUCAUACAGCCGCCUGAUGUGAAACCGUUGACCUCUUUUCUUUCAGAGUGUUUAAUCACGUACUAGUAUUUGUCACUGAUAUACCAAAGCUGUUUUAUUACACUUUGUUUUAUCAGUUGUCUUAUUUGUGUCUGUAUUGCAGGCUUCCCUUCUACUAUGAACUAAAGAUCGCCUUCGUUGUAUGGCUGCUGUCCCCUUACACCAAAGGCUCCAGUGUGCUUUACAGGAAAUUUGUCCAUCCCACGCUUUCCUCAAAAGAAAAGGUGAAAAGCCGCCCUUUUGUUGCAUCUUCCUCUCUCCUGCUGGUAUAGUUUAAGUAAAGGCUUAGCUAAAAAUACUCAUAAGGAUUGUGCGGUUAUUGACUAACACAAUUUCAGCCUCACCGCUAUCUCAAGAACAAAGAGCCUUUGUGCCAAUUCACUUUUCCCCUUUAGCUGGUGAAGACAUGUUUGCAGGGCAGGAGACAGGAAAUGUCACCGUGUUCCUGCAUUUCUCCUUUCCUUUUUCCUCUGUCGCCCCCAGAAAGCACAUAAGUGAGUUUGGGGAGUGUGAUAACAGAGGGAGAAUUGAAUCAAGCUGCAGUCAUGACAAUUAUAAGAACAACCUGUCAACACAAUGUGUUAAUUGAGCUGGACAUUAAGAGAGACCUAAUGUUUGUGUGCUGUUUUUGUACUCGUUGCAGGACAUUGACGAGUAUAUCUGCCAAGCAAAGGACAAAAGCUAUGACACACUGGUGCAUUUUGGAAGAAAAGGGCUGAAUGUUGCUGCCACCGCUGCAGUCAUGGCAGCAACAAAGGUAAUGCGGACUAUGGACAUUUGCUUUGUGUUGACAUGGGGGUACAGUAGAGGGUCAGUGUUGGACAUCAAACUUGUUUUGUUUCCUGUAGGGAAACAGACUCAUUAAAAGUUUGAUUUAAAGGUCUCUCAUGUAGGUUUCAUGAACAGUCAUCCCUCUUUGCGGCAGAGUCUAAUCAUUUACAGACGGACAAAACAAAACGCACAUUCGAGAAAAGAACAGAAAGCGAUACCACAAGUCUGUUAAAGAUUUAGAGAUAUUUUCUGGAUAAAAUGGAUCAUGAAAAUGUUUGAUGAGUUUCAGGAGUUUCUUCAGGUUUCAUCUUGACAUCAAAUAGUCAAAACUCGUAGCUCUUUAUUUACAAACGAACACAAAGAUCAUAGAAUAGGCCUAACUUAGCUCAGAGAUAAUUUAAUCUAGCCUAUCACAGAGCCUAGCCCAUUUCUCAUGUCCUAGACCAAUAAAAAGCUAAUUUACCUUAAGACAAUAAGAUUAUUCCUUAAAUUGGUCCUUCCAAGAUAGCAAGAAAAUGAAGUUGAGAUCUAGACUAUUAUCAUUGGAAAACAGAGUAAAAGAAAAGCGUUGAUGCAUGUUGAGUCAGUGUUUCUGUAUUUAAAGUAGCAAUUUAGGGAAAUAAUACAGCAGAACCAAAAGAGAAGAUUUAAGGAAGUUAUUGUAAUGAAAUUUAAAAACAAAAAAACUAAAAAUGAAGCAGGCACAUGAACUAUUGAAAAGAUUUUCAAUAUGUGAUACAUUUGACCAGCCUUGAUAUUUAUUUUUUUAUGAGUGGUAACGAUGAAGAGAGGGGUUGAAGGAUAUUUCUCUAAAACAAAUGUCCUGUGUUUCUGGUUCUAGAGCCAAGGGGUCUUGUCAGACAGACUGAGGAGUUUCAGCAUGCAGGAUCUGGCUUCCUAUCAGGAAGAGCCUGAGAACACCACCCCCGGCACCAAGCAGCCUGCAGCAGCGCAGCAUCGGACCAGAUCUAUGAUGCGAAGCAAGUCGGAGAGCUACACCAAGGGUGUGUAGACUUCUCUGCUGCCAAUAUAUGUUUUUAAAAAGAAGCAGAAAACAAAUCACAGAGCAGCGUGUUCAUGAUUUAGACAGGAUCUAUUUUGUGGUAAAAAAUAUUUAAAAUAUGCGACUAAACAUGAGCCAUGGUGGUGCCCAGUUUGUUUGCAAAAAGCGGAUUAUUACGUGGUUUUUCUUUUUUUUCCUGUCCAAGCUUAUUUAAGCUGACAUAUUUUGUUUUGUACCCCUGCUUUCCUGAACGGGCCCCUGACUUUAGUCCUGCCUUCCUGUAUGGAGCAGGUCUGGCCUCAAAGGGCUGCCAGACCAACCAUCCUGUGAUAACACUCACAUGUAGCUAGCUAGGGGGGUUGAAAAUCAUGUGGAAACAGUUGUUGUCAUCGGAUUAUGGUGUUUGUUUUUUCACAGUUGAUAGAUCUGAACAACUAGUGAGACUCAACUAUCUCUAGCUGAGAAAGAACUGUAUGUACCUUUGACAAACAAGGGACUGAGAUGACUCCUGUUAUGGGGAGGAGAGAUGGGAUGAUGAGCUGAGGUUAAGAGUCGUACCUGAGGGUGAUGUCGUGAGAACUUUGCCUCUGAUCACCGAGCGAAACAGGCAUCCUGACAUUAGGGAUCAUUAUUAUUCUUUCAGUUAAAUGAACAGACGAGAACUAAUCUGUCUAAGUCUGUCUGAAAAUGUAACUUCCACACCCUGUCUAGACUGUGAUAGCCUAGAGCCUGACAAUACUAAAAACAUAACCCCCUACAAACAAGUUGCUAUAUUUAUAGAAAUAUUUAAAUAGACCAGGCACUCUAUUUUUAGGGAAACAUUCAUAAAACAGAACAAACAUUAUAUUUACUCUGGACUAUUUGCAGCAGCUGAUUAAUGUACUUGUAUGUAUCAGUUAUUUAUGGACCAUGUUCAUAGUUAUUUAAGGUUCUCCUGGUUUAAAAGGCAUUUUAAGGGUGGGGCAUUUCUUGCCCUUAUCACAUAGGACAUUCAAAGAAAGAUAAGAAAUGUGGGGAGUCGUGAGCAGGGGCAGACAUGCUGUGAAUAGCUGUGACCGGCUGUCAAACUAGCAACCAUGAUAGCCUCUGUACAUGGGACAUGCUCUUAGACCUUUAGCCAUCUGGCACCCCACUAAAAACAUGUCAUGCAGAGAGGCUCACUGGUGUUUUUAUUUCAUCUUUUUUUUAUCAGAAAUUGAAACCCUUAAUUUUAAAUGUUGGCCUUUUCAAAGAAUAUUUUAAAAGCUUAAUUGAAAAAAUUCUAAUUGAAAUUCUCGUGACUGUUUGAAUUCCACUCCCAACAAUGGGAACAAAUGCUGUCUCCUGACUGUUAUUACAUAACAUUACUAAGUGAUGUAAUCACACAAGAAAACAGAUGGUUUUGAUAUUUUAAGGCAACACAGCUGUUUUUUUUCUGUAGCAAAGCAUUUCAGGCUCAUAAUAACCUAUUAUUUCUCCUCUGUUUGUUGUCUGUGGAUGAAAAAGGCAUCAUAUUUAGAGCUUGAACACCUCAGAUAGCCAAAUCAUAUGCCACCUCAAAGCUUUAUCACUGAUUGAUUUUUUUUUUGAUUGCACAGACCAUUCACAGAAUUUAAAUAUUGAUCACCUUUUCCAUCAACCUCUUUCACGGUCCAGAAAAGGACUUUGACAUGACAGACUAUGAGGUCUUGGGGCUGGACCAAUGGGACUCCAAGAGCUCUCUGUCCCAGGCCACUUCACCUUCUGAGUCUGAGUCCACACCCAUUACACUCUCUCUGACCCCCAUGUCCACUCCGCCCUCCACUCCUUCUCCACCUCCAUCUCCUCCGGUGCCAGAGCAGCCUGGGGAGGUGGGGAAAGGAGUAGAGGUGGCUUCAAGCUCUCCACAGCUCAGGCUGAUGAAGAGGAAGGCUCCAGAGGUACACUGCUCCAUCAUGACGGCUGUCUCAGCUGUUGCCUGACUCUAACUGCCCCCUGGGAGUGGUGGUCUACUCACCCAUUUACUAAUUUUUACUGCUGUGUACUUGAUCAAGUCAUUGUGGUUCUGCACUGAUAGAGCUGAACCACAUUUAAACUUUGACAGAUUUAAUUUGCUCUGAUGAAUCUGGGGUGUCACUUUGUAUAGUAUUUAUCACGCGUUUGGACAUGUGGCAUGCGAGGAAUCCAAUAUGGCUGACAAAUCAACAUGGACUGACUUCUCUCGGAUAAUCAAGUCUAAUUUUGACGAGUGUAUUGGGAAUAAUUCAGCAUAAUUACUUGUGUAAUUAAUAAAUAUUCAUAAAUACAUUUUCAACACCUAAUAUCAGUAUGGCAUGAUGGUGUGCAACAGAAUGAAACAGCAUUAUAAAUGAUAACUUGUGUAGUUACCUUUGUUUUUCUAAUUGUCAACAUAUCCCUAUAAAAAAUGAAUUCAUAUAUGGGUCUGAAAUACAAGGCUGCUUUACAUGGUCAGAAGAAGAACAAAUAUUUUUAAUCCCCAUCAGGAGAUAGUCCCCAAAAUUUCCACCAAAGCAAUGUUCAAAAAAACUGCAGCACCCAGCUCUGUAAAGAACUGACUGACCUGUCUUUGAAAAGGAAACUAAAUAUUUUGAGAAUUGUUAAUGAAGAUUUAUGUCUUUUCUAUGAACCAAGUUGAAUUUGGACAGAGACAGAUCAGUUACUUUUGGCCCUACCUUUGGAUUUGUUGACGGUAUGAAAAAUAUAAAAUGUUGACUGCCCUCUCCUCACAUACUGUUGGUAAGUGUGAUGCUAUUCAUUAACCACAUUUCACCGUCCUCUUUCCCUUUGUCCUCAUCUGUCCCUCCUUCCAGCCACCUCAUAGAGUCUUGAGGCCUCUCACAAGAUCUCGGAGUGCUCUUUCCUCGAACAAUGAAGCCAUGUGAAACUGUCCUAAAGACUCCUUCAGCUGCCUUCGCUGCAAGACGUGAAAACACUGAAUGGCCAAAAGCUCUAUGACUGAAGCAGCCUUGCUUUGGGAUAAGGUAUUACCAAAGUGACCUAUGAUGACCCCUCUAUAUAUGGCAUAUAGCUUGUGGCUCAUGAUUUGGUUUGUGACAUUGAGGUAGAACAAUGUGUGAAUGGGCUCCAUGCUGAUAGACAUUAUAAGUUUGUGGGUUAUUGAUUAUGUAUUUAUGUACAGUUUGUGUGAACUUCAUCUUCCUCAUUUGAUUGUUUUCAAAUAUCAGGUGUGGGUAGACAUUUGCAUGUGUGUCUCCCCGGUUAUUAGUCCUCUGUUUCUAAAACAGAAUGUACUGUCACUGAAAACUACAGCUGGCAUUAGAAGUGACACAGUCACUGUUGGAGAAUGUGUUCAAUGCCAGGGAUCAGAGAAAAGGAGGCUGUUAAAAAAAAAUCCAUAUUCAACCUGUUAACAGCUGUUGAGAAACAGCUGUUAAUAGCAUAUUUCUGCACUAAAUGAUUAUCACAUCAUGGUAUUAGAAAACCAGUCUUUUGCGUGUAAAAAUACUGAGAUUGGACACCUUGUAUUAAAAAAAAGGUCAGACAGUAGCGGCAGAAGAUAUUCUGUUAUUUACCUCUCUAUUAAAGCCUUAAAGACAGACUUAAGGAUAGAAAUGGUCUCAACAUAAAGAAUUCCAGCCCAGCUAAGUUCUCAUUAAACAUUUUGCACUAUGUUUGGAAUAUAAAACGACUGACCCCACUAUUCUACAUUAAGAAGGCCAAAAGUUAUGUAAAUAAUCAUCGUAAAAACAAGUAGUUAACACAAUUGAGAUUACUAGAAUUAUUGUUGAUUUCUUCUUUGGUCAAAAGAAAAGUUUUUAUUCCUGUAAUUACAUUUGUAUUACGGAUAAAUAAAAUGUAAUCGCAACUACAAGAGGUUUCCUUAGUGGAGCAGACUGUUUUUGACAAUCUACUGUUUAGUUUGUUGGCAUGUUUUAUCAUUUGAUCAACAACUUGUCAGGCCAAUUUGGAAAAUAUCACUUUCAGCUGUAGCAGAGACAAAAUCUAAAAUGAGCAAAAACUUACUGUGUGGUAACAUGGUUUGUCACUGAGCAACACUUACGCUAACUAUCUUACCUUUGCUUUGUUUUAAUUUUGAAGAAUAUAUCAAAGUGACUUUAUUAGUUUGCAAGUUUACAAACUCCAGUUGAACUUAACAUUGUGUGACGAUACACUGUAUGUUUUCUCAUCCUGUUCUUUACUCACUGAGCCUAAAUCAUAGCUACAUUUUACACAAAGUGUCACUGUGGUGGUUGUUUCUGGGUGAACUUGCGCAGUAGAUUUAUAACUUUCAUCACUGUAUCUGCAUCAUUAGCGGUGAUUUGAAGUUUGAAACAAAAGCUUCUCAGGUACAACUGUUCUGUUUACACGUCACUCACUCUGGUGUUGUAGAUACACUUGUUAUGCACAUACAAUGUCCUUUUAAUGGAUAGUGAAAAAACAAAACAAAAGGUAAAACCAGAUUAUGUGAUUCAGCGUUAGUAUCAGUGUUAGUGUAAGAGGUGAUAAACCCUCUGUUAAUAAAUGCUAAAUAAAAUGGAGAAAAAAACAUGUUGCUAAGUAGCUGAUUUGUAUACUCGUGUAUAGACUGAAACUCAUCGUUGCAUGUUUGUUGUUAAUUUGAAUGAAAAUUGGAUUAUUGGAAUGAUGUGGAAGGUUGUUGACCACUUCAGAUGGUAAACAAUUCAUUUUUUGUCCUUUUUGGUUGCUUUGUAGGAAGAAUAUAAAAUGUUAAAAUAUACAUACAUACAUGUCGGCUUUACAUAUAACUGAGUAACAUGUCUAGUUUACUGAUAAAUGAGCCACUUUAACUCAUUCAUGAGAAGACAAAACUUAAUUAUCCUCAGAAAAUUUUGUUCUGGCAGGCCAGAAUGCCACAAAACUUAAAUUUUAAUAUGGUUGUCAAAUAUAAAAGAAAAAACUAAGUGAUUAUGUGAUGGGUUAUGGCAAUCAAUUUCUUGUUGGUCUAAUAUUUUUGUUGAAUUGAUUUUACUGCUAUUAAAUAUGGCACAAAACUUUCA